CAUCACCAUAUAUAUACAACACACACUCAGGUCCAUUUCCCCCUUAUCUUCCACACCUACACACUGCUUGCUUGGAGAUCAUCGAUCGACCUCAUGCACAUUCCCUAGCUUGCACUACUACUAGAUCGCCGCAGCUACGCGCACCGGCGUCCGCACGUGCGAGAUCAUCAUCAAGGCAAGAUCAGAUCAGAACAGCAAUGAGGAAGCCGGAGGGUCCAGCGGCGGCGAACAGCUGCAAUGCGGGGGCGGCGGCGAAGCUGCGCAAGGGGCUGUGGUCGCCGGAGGAGGACGAGAAGCUGGUGGCGUACAUGCUGCGGAGCGGGCAGGGGUCGUGGAGCGACGUGGCCCGGAACGCCGGCCUGCAGCGCUGCGGCAAGAGCUGCCGCCUCCGGUGGAUCAACUACCUCCGGCCGGACCUCAAGCGCGGCGCCUUCUCGCCGCAGGAGGAAGAGCUCAUCGUCAGCCUUCACGCCAUCCUCGGCAACAGGUGGUCUCAGAUCGCUGCCCGGCUGCCGGGGCGCACCGACAACGAGAUCAAGAACUUCUGGAACUCCACCAUCAAGAAGCGGCUCAAGAACUGCUCCUCGGCCUCGUCGCCGGCGGCCACCGACUGCCCGUCGCCGGAGCCUACCAGCAAGGUCGUCGCCGGCAUCGACAUCAGCGGCGCCGCGAGCUGCCCGGACCUCGCCGGCCUGGAUCAUCAUCAGGACGGCGGGCACCACCACGCUAUGGUGACGACAGGCGGCUUGUGGAUGGUGGACUCAUCCUCCUCCACUUCCUCGUCGACCUCGCCGAUGCAGGGCCGGCCACCGUCGGCCAUGGCAGCGGCGGUGGCGAGGAGCUACGGCGGCCUCCUCCCGCUCCCCGACCAGCUCCGAGGCGGCAUGGCGGCCAACGCGUCGCCGGCAGGGUUCUUUCACGGCCAAGCGGCGCCGUUCAAGCACCAAGUUGCCUCAUUUCACGGCGGUUACUAUGUCAGCGCUCCUCAUCACCAUGGGAUGAUUUCAACAAUGGAUGGAGGAGGAGGGUGCUUCAUGAGAGGAGAAGGCCUCUUUGGUGUGCCCCCUCUGCUAGAGGCCAUGUCAGCACAAGACCAAGACCAUGCCCAGACAACCCUAAUGGCCUCAAGUGGUGGUAACAACAACCCUAAAAACAACAGCAGCAACAACACUACUGAGACUACUGCUACUACUACCACAACAGUGAGUAACAAUGAGAGCAACAUCACAGACAACACCACCACCAAGGACAACAUCAACACCAUGAGCCUAGUGAACAGCAGCAGCAGCAAUGUGGCUGCUGUCUACUGGGAGGGGGCCCACCAGCAGUACAUGAGCAGGAAUGUCAUGCAUGGGGAGUGGGACCUGGAGGAGCUGAUGAAAGAUGUGUCAUCCUUGCCUUUCCUUGAUUUCCAAGUUGAAUGAUUGGGAGGGCCCAUCUCCAGCUGGCUGCCAACAAUGCAAAGGAGUAGUACAUAUAUGCAUAUAUACACAACUAUACAUAUAUAUAUACAUACGUAUACGUUAAGAUUAGUAUUUUUUUCCAUCCUUGACAUUAUUAUUCUCUCGGCCAAUGUAAAAGAUUUUCUCUUCUCACACCUACUUCACCUCACUUUUGGUCCUACUAAAUAUCUUGGAUUCAUCCUCCUGUAUACAGGCAUUGUUCAUGCCAUGCAAAUAAUAAUUAAAUCAAA